CCUCCUGAGAGCGCGCGCCGCCUACGUCGGGAGGGCCGCACCCGUUACCGGACGCCCAUUGGCUCCUACCCGACCUCACGUGACUGCUACUGCUCGCCGCCACGCGAGAGACAGCGAGAGGCGCGCUCGCUCUCGCGCUCGUGCCGCUGUACUCUCCAUCGGAUACCCGCGCUCUCCGAGAGACACUGCAGUCAGCAGCACGAUACAACGGCGUGAGUCGAGUGUGAUACGGCAUGCGGGUGUAACGUGCCCAUCGCGUAGGUCGCUUCGCCUACCUUCUCCUUGUUGUUGCUACUCCGAUCCUUACGGCAGCAGUGUCAUCGUUGACCAGUUAUAAAGAACAGUUGAACAAGUGCGCGAACUGGAUGUGUGACCGAGUGCAGCACCUAUGCCGAUACUGAUUGCGCUCCGAGCCAAGUAACUCCUCUAGGCAGUGCCUCGAAAUGCCAAGUGUACAAUGACAAUCGUCUAUUCGCGGAGAUGGCGUAGGCAGUCACGUUAAAGUCCCCGUCGCAGCUUUCGCCCUACGCGCCGUUAGCACAUAAAAAUUGAUGCGCGGCAUUCACCGCAUCGCGGAGGAGCCACUGGCCGUCGGCCUCAAUCCCUAUCACCACCACCAGCAGCAUCAACAGCAGCUCCACCAUCAGCAGCAGCAACAGUUUUACGGCUGCACGGCCGCGGGCGUUGAUCAGCAUCAGGUCCAACAACCGGCGAACAUCGAGUCCGUGAAGACGACGAGGUCGCCGACACCGCCGGCCGUCCUGGCUACCGAAGCUGGCGGCGGCGCGUUCUGGCUGGCCGCGGUGGCGCCGCAACCGCCACCGAUGGACCAGCCGCCGCCGCCCGCCGUUGUCGCCGAGACGGGCUUCAUCAGCAGCCAACCCUCCAUGGCAGAAUUCAUGAUGGCUGCCGACGGCCCAGUUGUUCAACAUUCGCCGGCUUCCGCUGCUGCUUCCGUUGGUCCCCUGAGUCCUGGCUCGCAUCAUCAGAGCUAUCAUGGAAUGAUGGAUCCACACGCUGUGCAGGAUGCCUCGGGUGUUAAUGUGCCCGAGUAUCCAUGGAUGAAGGAGAAGAAGACCACGAGGAAGAGCAGUCAGCAAGAGAAUGGCCUGCCAAGGAGGUUAAGGACGGCUUACACCAACACUCAAUUAUUGGAGCUGGAGAAAGAGUUUCACUUCAACAAGUAUUUAUGCAGACCCAGGAGAAUCGAGAUCGCGGCGUCUCUCGAUCUCACUGAAAGACAGGUGAAGGUGUGGUUUCAAAAUCGUCGCAUGAAGCACAAGCGUCAAACGUUAAGCAAAGAGGACGGUGACGACAAAGACGGCUCACCCGAUGACAUGGACGGCAGCAGCAAGCCAAAAGGCAAACAUCUGCUGGACGAGGACGAGAAGAAGAGCUGCCACAACUGUGAUAUCUCGAGCGUGGCCGACGUGGGCAGCACGCACGACGUGUCCGAGCUUCGCGACGGCAGCGCCAGCAACAAUAACACGCCGAGCGCGACCAACAACAACAGCACAGGCUUCAAUGCGAACAGUAACGGAGCAAGCAGCGUCGGAAGCACGAACAGCGUGUCGAGCACGUUCGACAAGAUGAUAGUGGACGAGGACUCGCGAUCGCGCGACGGCAGCGACGUGACGUCGCCAACGGGGAAGAAACUCGACGUGCGCGUGAAGCUCGAAGCCGAGCACAAGAGUCCCAACAACUCCGGCAAGUCCGCGCAGAUCAGUAUCAGCAAGAAGUCACCGUCGUCCGCCAAUGUCAAGGACAUUUGCUCCGUGAGCAGCAACGGAGUUCUACUGGCCCUGCCCGACUCCACGGUGGCGACGCCGACAUUGCCGAGCCAGCAAGGCUCGUCUGCGAGAAGUCUGACGCCGUCGUCGACACCAGGCACUCCCGUGCAGCUGCAAGGCAGUCCGCUGAGCGUUCAACAGCACGGAGUUUACACGCAGCGACCGAGAAGCUCGCCGUCGUCGGGCGCCGCGAUUUCACCUCACACCCGGAAUCCGCAUUACCAGCAGCAGCAGCAGCAGCAGCAGCAGCAGCAGCAGCAGCAGCAGUAUCAGACGACGGCGGAUUACAGGAACGGUAUUGGCAGAGCGCAAACGAUUGCCAAUCACCAGCAGAAUGCCUACUGCCCGAGGGACGCAGCGGCGGCUUAUCACCAACAGAGGAUCAGCUAUCCCGGCGAGAUGCAGUACUCGACGAGGCAGAAUCAGACGAUGAGCAGAGUCAAUCAUCAGACCAGAGCGACGAGGUCUAUGUACAAUCAUCAGACGAUGCAGCAGUAUCACCAGCAGCACAGCCAGUACCCCAACACUGCGGACUACAAUGGCUAUCCUCAGGCGGCGACGUACCACGCGUCCUACCACGCAAGAAGCAUGCCAAGCGCGAAUGCUGCGGGGUACGGAACGCCUGCCCAGUCGUACGCGACGGCGGAGCAGCACAGCGCCAGCGGCGACGGCUACAUGUCGGCCAGCGUCAAUUACGGCUACCCGUCGAGCGCCCUCCCCGGUGGCUCUUAUCGGCCGCCGACAGCCAGCGACGCAGCAGCGCAUGUCAGCCCUCAGAGCAACCAGCAGCCGGGACCGCCGCAACCACAACAGCAGCACUACUAUGCGGAGAUGCAGCCGCAGACGGACCAAUCUUACGCGACGAUGGACUAUCAGCAACAGCAGCGAGUCGCCAGCAAGUGUGGGCAGCCUGCAGCAGCAGCUUAUUACGAGCAACAUCACGGUGGAGAAGCAUCCAGCAUACCGGCGAGUUACGCUUCGUCGCCCGACCCGUUCCCCGCGACUGCCGCCGGGCUCGUUCAGGGCCAGCAAGCCGGCGCUAGUGCCCCCGACGCUUACGUCAAUUUCGCCGGCUAUUAUCAGCAAGAGCCGCACCAGCAACAGCCGCAAGCGCAGACUGACAACAGCAACAGCUCGUCGGACUUCAAUUUCUUGAGUAAUCUGGCGAACGACUUCGCCCCGGAGUAUUACCAACUGAGCUGAGUGCAGGAAUCCCACGACGCUGCCACGUCGUCGGUUAACAAUAAUUGCCAACAGCAGCAACAGCUCGACUGGAGCGACGAGCAGUACCUGCUGAAUGAACUCUACUGACCUGGUGACGUUCUGUGAUCCACCGUUCGAGUGACUGUGCAACAGUAGUGACGGGAGCAAUUUUCUUUUCCGUUGUUUUCUCAUGCGAUAAUAAUUGCCGGAAGGUUGUUCUAACGAUUGUCGCUUAAGACCGAUCGACUGUGCAAUUUGCCGAUCAUUACCCAUGCUAGAAACCUUUUUACUGACCUCGACAGAAUGACACGAGCUGCAGUCAUUAAGACUUGGAGUUUAUACAUAAAUCUAUAAAAUAUAGGACCUCUUUUCCAUGUAUCAUAUAUAGGGAGAGUGCAAAUGGCCUUUUUUCGUUUGUUUCGUCGAAUGUGUGACACAUGACAUGUAGAUAUAAUGUUUGUGCUUUUGAAAAAAUGCACAUCCUGUUGUCCAUAUUCGUGCGUGCGCAUGUAUAUGAGCGAGAGAGAGAGAGAGAGGGAUAUGUUUACUAUUCCAUCACGGCAAUAUUCGUAAUUCUAGUGCCUGUUGUAUAAAUAAAACAAAUACGACGAGUGUAUAGUUGUUGCUAUAGAUAACCGAGCGGUUGUUUAUCUUCUUUUAUUCUCUUUGUAUAUAAUUGACAAAUUUAUUUUUCAUUACUUUUUUAUACAGCACCGUCAUUUAUUUAAAUCUUUUAUUUUUUAGAUUUCACUUUAUAUUCUAUUUUACAGUUGUUAAGGCUGAACACAGAUGUUUAUGUAAUUCGCUGCAAUUGUGUAUAUGUGAAAAUUCGGUAACAGAUGUACUAUACAGAAAAAACUGAGCGUGUGAUCGUCGAAAAACUGCGUGCUGACUUUAAGCACACAAAUAAAUUGAAGAAAAAUCCUUUAGUAGUUAAACAAAAAAUGCCCGUCUUGAGCCGUCUCUUUUGUAUAUUGACUAUCUACGCCUAGCUGUUGUUGUUUAUACACGUAAUAAUACGUACGAAGAAAACAGAAAAAAAAUCUCUUGUAAAUAGUAUCAAAGUAUCGACACGUAGACGAUAAGUGAGAAAUAGGACACUCUUGAAUAAAAAAAUACGUAAAAGUGCGUUUUUGUAGGUGAAUCUAUUAUUAAGGUAUCGUCGAUUGUACACACACAUACAGACCCAUAUAAACACUAUACAAUAAUUAUCACAUAGCAAAAAAAUAUUCGCGAGGAAGAAAAAAUCGCAUUCCACCUUUUUCGCACCUACUUAUACGUUAAAAGGUCUAAAAAAAUCAAAAUCGAGGAUUAACGAAAAUAGCCGUCUGUUUUGUUUUCUUCAUCUUCUCUUUUUUUUGCACUAAUUUCAGUGACUCGAAGAGCGGGUACGAUCUAUAAAUCAAUACAUAGAUUACAUUUAGAUAGUCUCCAAAUAUGUUGUAUUGACGAAUUUUGACUUACCUUUUCAGACGAAAGGUAAUGA